AUGAAGUUUGGUAAAGAAUUGUCGUCACAAAUGGUUCCAGAGUGGCAACAAGCUUAUAUAAGCUACGAUUAUCUCAAAUCCCUUCUCAAAGAAAUCAUCAAACUCAAACACAAAACCAACCCUCUUCCCCCUCCUCAUGACGCGGUCUCCGGUGAAGGGCUUAGCCGGAAAAUGACUCUAUACCGAGCAUUUAGUGGUCUUGUCCAAACGCCGGGAAGGAAAAGACAAAGCUCCGGUCAAAUCAAUUCUUCUUUAGAAACCGACAUUGAAGAAGGUAAAGCUCCGAUACUUGUUAACAAAUCGAAUCAUGGAUUAGAGACAACGUUUUUGAUGACAGCGGAGGAAGGAGGAGAAUAUGAAUUGGUGUUUUUCCGGCGACUAGACGAUGAGUUUAACAGAAUAGAGAAAUUCUAUAAAGAGAAAGUUGAAGAAGUAGUGAAAGAUGCGAUUAUGCUUAAUAAGCAAAUGGAUGCUCUAAUCGCGUUUCGGAUUAAGGUUGAGAAUCCUGUUGGGUGGGGAUGGGAGGAACGGACAGUUGAGAUGACUCGUUUGGCCUCCGACGUCGCGACAUCCACGGCUGCGAUGGCUGCUUCUACACCCACCAGUACACGAACCAUGAAACCUCACAUGGAGGCAAUACAAGAACGAGGCUCCAUCAAAGCUGAUCAAUCCGACGAAGAUGAAGAUCAUCACGGCAGAACAACCAGCUUGAGCAAAAUCGGAGGUCCGAGACCAGCUCCAAUCGAAGUUCUAGAUCGAAUCCAAAUCAACAACACUAAGGCAACGCCUAAAUCCACCAUUAGAGGCGUUCUCCAUUCCUCGAACCAAGACGAGAUCAAAUUCAGUAGAAAUAAUCUGAGAGAAGUCGAAGAAAAGCUCAAAUUCGCAUUCAUCGACUUUCUAAAUGUGUUGGCGUUCUCGAAGAUAUUGAAGAAGUAUGAUAAGAUAACUUCGAGAAAAGCUUCAAAAUCGUACAUGAAAAUGGUUGAUAAUUCGUAUCUAGGAGGCUCUGAUGAGCUUAUGAAGCUGAUACAACGCGUUGAAGCUACAUUCAUAAAGCAUUUCGCAAAUGGUAAUAGAAGAAAAGGAAUGAACAUUUUGAGACAUCAAAUGAAAAGAGAGAGACAUCGACUUACAUUCUCCACAGGUUUCUCUGCUGGAUGUGUGUUUUCGCUUGUAGUGGCUCUAGUCGCCAUUAUACGCGCCCGGAAAAUCUUUGAAAAGGAAGGCCAUAAAGAUUACAUGAUUACUAUGUUCCCUCUUUAUAGCUUGUUUGGGUUCAUUGUGCUUCACAUGACUAUGUAUGCUAUUAAUAUAUACUAUUGGAAGCGUUAUCGAGUGAAUUACGCCUUCAUAUUUGGGUUCAAGCAAGGAACUGAACUUGGUUACAGACAAGUUCUGUUUGUGGGAUUCAGCAUUGGAGCAUAUGCGUUGCUUUGUAUUCUUGGGAAUCUUGAUAUGCAAGCUGACCCCAAAACCAAAAAUUACAAAGCAUUAACCGAACUUCUUCCUCUUUUCCUUUUUGUCGCUCUGUUUGUAGUUUUGAUCUUGCCAUUCAACAUUCUCUACCGUUCGAGUCGCUUCUUCUUCCUCACAUGUCUAUUUCACUGCCUUGCUGCUCCUCUUUACAAGGUAACACUACCUGAUUUCUUCUUAGGAGAUCAAUUAACUAGCCAAGUACAAGCUCUACGAAGCAUCGUGUUCUACAUAUGUUACUACGGUUGGGGAGACUUCAAACAAAGACAAAACACUUGCGAAAAAUCAGACAUCUACAAAUAUUUCCUAUACAUUGUUGCUGUACUCCCAUAUCUAUCUCGCCUACUUCAGUGCAUGCGACGGAUGAUUGAGGAAAGAAGCUUAGAGCAAGGAUACAACGGAGUCAAAUACUUGUUGACAAUAAUAGCUGUUUGUUUAAGAACAGCUAGUAGUUCAGACGACAAGAACUUUAUCCUCAAAGUGUUAGCUGGUGCUGCCUCGCUUCUUGCUGCGGUUUUCUGUACAUAUUGGGACUUUGUCCAUGACUGGGGACUUCUGAACAAAUCAUCCAAUAACCGAUGGCUUCGAGAGAAACUUCUCGUACCAAAUAAGAAAGUAUACUUCAUCGCAAUGAUCUUGAACAUUGUGUUGAGAUUCGCUUGGUUGCAAACGGUAUUGAAUUUUCAAUUCAAGGUGAUGCACGCGCAGACGUUGGUUGCCGUUAUGGCUAGUCUUGAGAUUAUUCGCCGUGGGAUGUGGAAUUUCUUCAGGUUAGAAAACGAACAUUUGAAUAAUGUUGGGAAGUACAGAGCUUUCAAGUCAGUUCCAUUACCGUUCAACUACGACGAAGACGAUGAGAAAGACGACUAA